GGCAGUGGGCGCCGUGGAGAGAUGGUGGGCGCUCCGUUAAAACCAUUGGCGCUCCUGACCUUGGCGUCGUGAAUGCGCAGCGCACACAGUCUGUGCAAAGCAGGAGAUAAGAGUACAGAUCUGUGUGUUUGAUACUGAAACCGGGGGGAAUAGGCUAUUCCGCACGCAAGCCCGUUGUCUUUUAGUAGCAAAACAUGACGGGCAUGGCUACGGAGGAAAUCUCGAGAUGGAGCGCGUAUCAGCUUCUGUAAAAACAGAAUUUUGUGCACUGCAAUGAAAAUCGGAAGUCGGGGCAGCCCAUACCUGGCUGAGAUGUAUUUGGAUUUGUUGGAGCCAAAGGCACAGUGAGUGAUGUCUGUUUGACAGGGUCAGUGCAGAGAGACUGAACGGACACUACAGUGUGCAUUUGUGCAGUGCAAGGGCACUGUCUUGCCCAGACCAUGUGGCUGGCUACAUUCAGAGACCAUCUGUUGCCUGCACACCUGCUACAUCAGCAAGGGACUGUAACCAUCACCCACUGUGCUCUUCUUUGGUGGAUAUUAUGUUCCUGCUGGUCAUUCACCAAGGCAACAAGCCAGAAAUUCUACCCAACAGUGACCACCCAGUUUGGGAAACUGCGAGGCCUCAGGGUUCCAGUGCCCAGCGAGGUCCUGAGGCCCGUUGAUCAGUAUCUGGGGGUCCCCUAUGCUGCCCCACCUGUGGGUGAGAAGCGCUUCAUGCCCCCAGAGCAGCCCUCCUCUUGGUCAGGUAUCAAGAAUGCUACCCACUUCAUGCCUGUGUGCCCUCAGAACAUCCACAACACCGUGCCAGAGAUCAUGAUGCCCAUAUGGUUCACAUAUAACCUGGACACAGUGGCCACAUACAUUCAGGAUCAGAGUGAGGACUGUUUAUAUCUAAACAUCUACGCUCCGACAGAGGAUGGGAGCCAACACAAGAAAAAGGGGGCGGCUUUCUCACAUGCUGAGACUCAUAUAUCUGAAGAUAUAAGGGACUCUGAAGCUCGUCCUGUGAUGGUCUACAUUCAUGGGGGCUCCUAUAUGGAGGGUACUGGGAACAUGAUGGACGGCAGCGUGCUGGCCAGUUAUGGGAAUGUUGUUGUCGUUACGCUCAACUACAGAAUUGGAAUAUUAGGCUUCCUCAGUACUGGUGACCAAGCAGCAAAAGGAAACUACGGACUCCUGGAUCAGAUUCAAGCUCUCCGUUGGAUCAGUAAGAACAUCGGUUACUUUGGAGGGGACCCAGGUCGCAUCACAGUAUUUGGAUCUGGAAUCGGCGCUUCCUGUGUCAGUCUGCUAACUCUUUCCCACCACUCAGAGGGUUUGUUUCACAGAGCCAUCAUUCAAAGCGGUUCAGCCCUGUCCAGCUGGGCUGUCAACUACCAACCAGUCAAGUACACCCGCAUGCUGGCCGAGAGGGUUGGCUGCAACGUGCUGGACACCGUGGACAUGGUCUCCUGCCUGCAGAAGAAGAGUGCAAAGGAGCUGGUGGAGCAAGACAUCCAGCCUGCCCGAUACCGCGUGGCUUUCGGUCCUGUCAUUGACGGAGAUGUCAUCCCGGACGACCCAGAGAUCCUGAUGGAGCAGGGCGAGUUCCUUAACUAUGAUAUAAUGCUGGGUGUCAAUCAGGGAGAGGGACUGCGCUUUGUGGAGAACGUGAUGGACCUGGAGGACGGUGUGUCCGGCAACGAUUUUGACUUUGCUGUGUCAGACUUUGUUGAUAGUUUGUAUGGCUACCCAGAAGGGAAGGACACACUGAGGGAGACAAUUAAAUUCAUGUACACAGACUGGGCUGACAAGGACAACCCGGAGACCAGGAGGAAGACCCUGGUGGCUCUCUUCACCGACCACCAAUGGGUGGAGCCCUCGGUGGUGACGGCUGACCUACAUGCCCGCUACGGCUCGCCUACAUACUUCUACGCCUUCUACCACCACUGCCAGAGCCUCAUGAAGCCAGUGUGGUCAGACUCAGCGCACGGAGAUGAGGUGCCUUAUGUGUUUGGCAUCCCUAUGGUGGGUCCAACUGACCUGUUCCCCUGUAACUUCUCCCGGAACGACAUCAUGCUCAGUGCUGUAGUUAUGACUUAUUGGACCAACUUCGCCAAGAGUGGGGAUCCUAACAAGCCAGUGCCACAGGACACCAAGUUCAUCCACACUAAGGCCAACCGCUUCGAGGAGGUGGCCUGGUCCAAGUAUGACCCCUACGACCAGCUGUACUUGCACAUUGGCCUGAAGCCUCGUAUCCGUGAUCACUACCGCGCCACCAAGGUGGCCUUCUGGAAACACCUGGUGCCCCAUCUCUACAACCUCCACGACAUGUUCCACUAUUCCUCCACCACCACCAAGGUCACCCCGCUGGACCCCACCCAAUCCAACGGUAAGAGGUCCGGCAGCACCGGCCGGCCUCCAGUAUCCACUGCCCACAACGACGGUGAAGGGGGGAGGGAGAUGGGUCCUCUGAUCAUGCCAAACCCGAGAGAUUACUCUACAGAGCUCAGCGUCACCAUUGCUGUUGGGGCGUCACUGCUGUUCCUCAACGUCCUGGCCUUCGCCGCUCUGUACUACCGCAAGGACAAGCGCAGUCGGCAGGACACGUCCCAGCAGCCCAGUCCCCAGCGUGACAGCAAAGGCAACAACGUGAGCCACACCACCACUAUAGACGAGUCCCUGUCGUCCCAGCAGAGGAACCAGUGUGAGGCCCUUCACAAUCCUCUUCACGUCUCACCCAGCAUGGACUACCCACUCAGCCAGCGCCGCUCCCCUGAUGACAUCCCUCUGAUGACCCCCAACAACAUCACCAUGAUCCCCAAUUCCUUGAUGGGCCUCUCCAACAUGAGUCCAUACAGCACCUUCCCUGCUGGUUACAGCUCGGCAGGCCUGCCCAGCACCCACUCUACCACACGGGUAUAGCCUGGCGGGAGACGAGAGGAGACGGAGAGGGGAACUGCGACGUACGUAAAACAUGGAAAUGUAAAGCUGUAUUUAGGAUGUGUAGGUAAAAUAGGAUUGAAUAUGUUUGUUCUGUAUUUUCCAAAGGUGUACAACAGCCAACAUCCUGCCUUUGCUCUCUCAUAAUAGGAAGUCAAACUGCAAAGUCAUUUUAUAAUAAUCAUUGUCAAAGGCAGUCAAAAAGAAAAAGUGCAUUUCAUUUUCCACUUUGGCUUUUUUGGAACUUUACAUAGCAAGAACUUAGUAUAAUGUUUAUACAGUUGGAUUUGUAUGGGAAGCUUUUUCUUACUCUGUGAUAUCUAUUUUGAUCUCGUGGAACAAAGUGACAUUCAAAUCGUGGUGGACAGAUAUGAGAUGUGGGAAAAGCUGAAAAGCAGUAUUAUUAAUAUUAUUAUUAUUAUCAAGCUAUUUUAUACAUAUUUCUCAUGGUACAUUGCUUAUUAUGAAAAUGUAUUUUUACUGUAAUUACUUUAAAAUGCCUUGUAACUCGCUCGCAUAAGGAAUUACUGUGGAAUCAUAAGAACAAAGGUUUAAACCUUUACUGGUCACACAUGUGGUAAAAAUGUAUCCAAAAUUUCUCUCUGGUAGUAAAAAAUAUAACACCCUGGUGGAUGUGUGGGUUGAUGGGUGGGCGGAUGUGGGUGUGAUUGGGUGCGAGUGUGUGGGUGUGUGUACUAUGCUACAAAACUGUAAAUUAGGCAUUGUUUGAGAUUAACCAUUCAGUUUUGCAUAAUAGUGUUAUGUAAUCUAUUGUAGUCUAUUUAAGUAUCCUUGCUAUAUUUUUGUUUCAUGUGUCUAAACCUUUGCUUAAUACAUUGUAGGAACAUAACUUCUGCUUCACUAUAAAAAAGAAAUUGCUUAAAUGUGUUUUCCAACUCCAACCAACUCAUGGUUCUUUUGGUUUGGCUUCUUUGUACAGAAUAAAUUUAGACUUACAUUUUAUUUGUCGUUAGUUUAUGAAUACUGUAAGCUCUUCAGAAAGAUAACUGUAAUUACAUUAUAAUUGUAUGUAUACCAAUUUAAUUCUUCACAUUUAAAAAGGAGUUUCAUGAAACAGAUUAUUGCUCCUUCUCCAAGUGGUUUGGACCCCGUGCGUACCAAGGUAAAUCCAUGGGUCACUCUUGACAUGAAGCUUUGAGAUUUGAUUUCUUUGAACCUAUCAUAAUGUUGUUUAAUCCAAAUGAGACAACUAUUAAAAGAUUUUUGGAACUAAA